CCGCUGUCCGGCUGUGGGUUGUGCUAGACGGCGACACAAGUGAUUUCUCUUCUUUGAAUUCCGCGAGAUUAGCUCUCAAUAUUUGCAAAAUGGCUGAGGAAAUACGGUGGGCUUUCCAAAACGCAGAUAUGGAUAAGAUUGAUGAGCUAUUAAAGAAGGGUUUAGAUCCUAACAAGCCACUUGGCUCUAAUGGCAGAAGACCUAUUCACGUAGCAUCUGAUUAUGGCCACCUAAACGUAAUUCAGAAACUUGUAGAGAGUGGUGCAGAUGUCAAUGUGAAGGACACUAAUGGCAUUGAGCCUUUGUUUGACACCAUAUGUGAAGGGCAUGUGUCCUGUGCCAAGUUCUUACUGGAGAAGGGAGCAAAUGCCAAUGGUACUGGUCCCGAUGGCUCCCCCUACAUCACCUCUGCGGAUAAUAGUGAGAUAAAGGAACUGCUCAAAUCCCAUGGUGCUAAGUGACAAUCAGAGCAGCUUCUAAGCCAUCAGCUUCACAAAUUGGAAAUUGAUGAUAACUGAGAUGUAAAAAGCAGAUCAGUCUUCCCUAGUUUUUAUUACCCCAAAGCACGCAGAGAUGGAAUCAAGCAGAGUAUAUAGGAGUAAUCACGAAUAUCAAAAAUAAUAUUUGUUAGAAAUCAAAGUAUUGUCUCAAAGUACAUAAGGGGCGAAGAGCCAGCAAGGAAGCGGCUGUAUGUGAUGAGCCUUAUGCCUUUUCUUCCUAGAUCAAGGAAAAGUCAACAGUAUAUCUUAAUUUAUGUAUAGGAUUAUAUAUAGGAAACACAAAUUAUAAGUUGUAGCUGGCCUGUUCAAUCAUUAAUAUUUUUAUUACUGUUAAGUAAAAUCAUUGCAACAUUCUGA